UGAAGUGGUAAUACGGCUCCGAGCCACACGCUGUAGCGCCAGCUCCCGCCUGACUGUCUGCGUAAAGCUCGGCGAAUCUCAAGUGGACCGUGAAGGAACUGGUUCAGUAAAUUCUCCCAAACAGAGGAUCUGUUAUUUGUACAUCGUCCUCCCUCCCUCACAGCCACUUCUUCUUGUGCCCACUACAAUGGAGAGAGAAUGAGAAGAGGUGCUCCAAGCAGAACAUGAGAAUGGAGACGUGCACAAAGAACAAUAACACCACACUCAGAGGUGAGAGUGCGAUGAGGAGAGGAGCCAGAGAGUGAGGCGAUGGGCUGCACCUCUGCUAAGCAGGUGUCGGCCGUGCCCAGCGACGAGGAGGGCCGGGGCAAGGCCUACAGCAACGGAGACCUGUUCACCGACGAGUACAAGAUGAAAGGAGUGGAGGAGGUGAAGUACAUGCGUGGAGAGGAGGACCGGGUGAACGCACGCAACCAGGAGAACCUGGAGAAGACCUCUUUACAGUACAGGGGGAAAAUGCACAAAGAAGGCUCUGGAGCCAACGCCAACAGGACAAAUAUCCACACAUCAGAGAGCCAGCAGGAGUUCUUCAGGAUGUUGGAUGAGAAGAUUGAGAAGGGACAGGACUACUGUUCAGAGGAAGAAGAGGCAGAGGAUGGGACAUAGCAAACAAGGCCUGACUCAACCCCCAACAGAGCCUCCCAGAGUGUGUGCGCGAGUGCAUGUUUGUCUGAAUCAGUGUAUGUAUGUUCCACUGCCUUUGUAUGUGAUUCUGUAUGUGUCUGUGUGAGCAUGUAGGUUUUUUGUGUGUGAAAGCGAGAUGGAUAGCUAUUCUCAAAGACUGUUGCCCCCCUCUUGGCUGUCGUCCCAUUGGGCCCCUGAGUGGAUUACUGUAGGGAGAGACGAACGAGGAGACAUACAGACAGACAUGUGGACUCACUGCCCUGCAGGACUGUGGAGAGACGGACAUGCAAACCGACAUGUGGACUCACUGCCCUGCAGGACUAUGGUGGGACCCUCCCCUCUACCGCAACUACCACCCCAGUGAACUGUACUGUGGUCCCUGGUCCAGCUUUGUGUAUACCACCCCAUGACUACAACAUGGAGAAGGAGCACGAACAGAGGAAGAAUGAGCAUUAUGGGAGUCUGGGAGACACCCUCCUGGUUUCCAUGGCCCUGACUAUUGUGCUUUGCUUGUGAGGAGCAGAGAUGUGGAUAGAGAAAGAGAGGUGCUGGGGAGGGGGAGGCACUUCCAUAACCCCCAUCAGACAACGGAGGCUCGCUGCUGCAGUGGGCCAGAGGACCUGCGAGAGGGGAGGGGAGGGGGGUAAAGAAAAACCUAGAUAUUUUAAUAAGAGAAAGAAGAGUCAGUGAGUGGCUUAUUUUGAAACUCUGAACUCCUGCCUUUUUGAAGGACUUUUUUAUUAUGUUGAUCCAGUUCAUUAUUUUUAGUUUUUUAAAAUGUUUUUAGUUUGUUUUGUUUUUGUCUUCUAUCCUAGUGCAUCACCUCCUGCAGGCUACAGCUCUAUAGGUCAGAGUUCCUGUGUCACUACACAACCUGUCCUCUUAAAUAUAUCCUCAACGCUAAUAUACCAGACCCUGGCUAUGUGAAACACACUCAACUUCAUAUGCAUAGAUGCAGACACAAAGUGCACACUCAUACAUACAGACACACGCUCAUACAGACAGACCAAUGCAGAUAGACUUGUAUGUGUGUGUGUGUGUGUGUGUAUAUAUAUAUAUAUAUAUAUAUAUAUAUGCCAUUGUAUUCCUGUCAUUCUUUAGCCACGUGUUAUGACUGUGAUGUUUUGGGUGAAUGUUGGAAGCAGCAGCUAUGGGUUUCUGCUGCUGGACUUAUUCAUGUGCACUUCUAGUGUUUAUUACUCUCUCCUCUGCAUUGGUAGCCCAGCCUCCACUUCUCUUCAACUCAGCAGUAUUGACGCUUACUGGCAGCGUGGAGUCACACUCUGUUGACACACACACACACACACACCGCCUUUUCAUGGAGUGAAAGUGAGAUUUAAAGGAAAAGAGGUGUGGUUGCUUGGGAGACACAGCCCUCAACGUUAUUCUGUCAUUACUCAAUCGUUCCUUUUUCAUUUGAUUCAGUACUUUUUGUUUUUCUAUUAAAAAUAAAAACACAGGAGCUGUU